AUGAGUCAAGAUGCCGGCAAGCAGUUGCUGGACUUGAUAAAGAAUCCUUACAGCCAACAGCUGCAAAAGAACUCCAUCUGGGCUGCCUUGGCCACUUCUCUAGGCGUCACAGUCGGUAUCGCCCUUACCUUCUCCUUUCUCCGACCAUAUAACCAGUCCGUCUACGCGCCCAAGCUCAAACACGCCGACGAGAGACAUGCUCCUCCGCCCAUUGGCAAGAAAAUAUGGUCAUGGAUCCCGCCACUAUGGAACACGACCGAGGUUGAAUUUGUUCAUCAUGCCGGCAUGGAUGCCACCAUCUUUCUACGCUUCGUCCGCAUGUGCCUCUACAUGUUCAGCACCAUUUCCAUAUUUACCCUUGCGAUCCUCAUCCCCACCUACCUAUCCAACCGUGCUCAGGAUAUUGAUGGAACUUGGCUCGACGCAAUUACUCCUAUAGCUGUCUGGGGCGAUGCGUACUGGGCCCAGGUCGCCGUUGCGUAUAUGAUCACGUUCACGGUCAUGGGCUUCUUGUGGUGGAACUACCGCAAGGUGCUGCUGCUCCGCCGCAAGUACUUUGAGAGCGAGGAGUACCAAAACAGUCUGCACGCGCGAACGUUGAUGAUGUACGACAUUCCUAAGGACAGAUGCUCAGAUGAGGGCAUUGCGAGAAUCAUCGACGAAGUCGUGCCCGCUUCUUCCUUCUCUCGCACUGCCAUCGCUCGAAACGUCAAGGAUCUCCCUAAAUUGAUCGAGCAGCAUGAUCACACCGUCCGCAAGCUCGAACAAGUCUUGGCCAAGUACAUGAAGAAGCCCGAUCAGCUCCCGGCAGCCCGGCCGAUGUGCAAGCCCUCCAAGAAGGAUCCGUCGUUCGCCACGUACCCCAAGGGUCAAAAGGUUGACGCCAUCGAGUAUCUGACGCAGCGGAUCAAGGAGCUUGAAAUCGAGAUCAAGGAGGUCCGACUGAGCGUCGACAAGCGGAGCACCAUGCCCUACGGGUUUGCCAGUUACUCUGACAUCGCCGAGGCACACAACAUCGCCUAUGCCAGUCGCAAGAAGCACCCACAUGGCGCAACAAUCACAUUGGCCCCGCGUCCGAACGACAUUAUCUGGGACAACCUGCCCCUCAGCUCCUCGGUCCGCCGGUGGAGACGUAUCGUCAACAACCUUUGGAUCGCAGUGCUCACUUUUGUGUGGAUUGCCCCCAACGCCUUGAUUGCCAUCUUCCUCAUCAAUUUAGACAAUCUCGGCAACGUAUGGAAGGCGUUCCGGGAAGAGCUUGCGAGGGACCCGAACUGGUGGGCCAUCGUCCAGGGUAUCGCGUCGCCUGCGCUGAUGUCGCUCGUCUACCUCGUCCUCCCCAUGAUCUUCCGUCGACUUUCUAUGAAAGCCGGAGAUCAGACCAAGACGGGUCGUGAGCGUCACGUCAUGGCCAAGCUCUACGCCUUCUUCGUCUUCAACAACCUCAUCGUGUUCUCGCUCUUCAGCGCCGUCUGGUCUUUUGUGUCCGCCGUUGUUUCCGAAACAAGUGAGAAAAGUAUCGAUGCGUGGCAGGCCAUUAUUGAUCAGAACCUUGCGACAACGAUCUUUACAGCCUUGUGCAAAGUCAGCCCUUUCUGGGUCACCUGGCUUCUCCAGCGCAAUCUCGGUGCCGCUAUUGACCUCGCCCAGCUCUGGACACUCGUCUACAGUUUCUUUGUGCGAAAGUUCUCGAGCCCGACGCCCAGAGAGCUGAUUGAGCUCACAGCGCCUCCUUCAUUCGAAUACGCCAUGUACUACAACUACUUCCUCUACUACGCGACCGUCGCCCUGGGCUUCUCCGGCAUUCAGCCUUUGGUCCUUCCGGCCGCCACCUUGUACUAUGGAAUCGAUUAUUGGCUCAAGAAGUACCUGCUGCUCUACAUCUUUGUCACCAAGACCGAGUCGGGAGGCAUGUUCUGGCGCGUCCUCGUCAACCGCAUGCUCUUUGCUGUCUUCCUGUCGAACUGCGUCUUCUUCCUCAGCGCCUGGGCCCGAGCCGACUGGGCCUACCAUAGCCAGGCCUUGGCCAUCGUGCCUCUGCCCAUUCUCUUGAUCAUUUUUAAGAUCGUCUGCUCCAGAGUCUUUGACGACAAGAUUCAUUACCUCUCGACGACCAAUGUUGCCAAGCACCCCGAGGCCGGCAUGCAGAAGGAGGCUCGAUUGCGCAGUGAGCGUUUGGCAUCGCGUUUUGGUCACCCUGCCUUGUACAAGCCUCUCAUCACGCCGAUGGUGCACCAGAAGGCACAGCCUUACCUGCACAUCGUUUACAAGGGUCGUCUCUCAGAUGGAAGGGAGGUGAACACUGGCGAUAUGAUGAGUGUGUCCGGCUACUCAGACACAUAUGCCCUAGAUCCCAUGAGCUCUGGCAAGCCCGGCAAGUCGGCGAACGUACCCGGUUUUGAAUUCGUUUCCGAGUCGAACCUCGAUUUCGAAUUCUACAAGAACAGAGCAGAGUUUGCAGAUGAACACGGCCAGGGUGACCUUUUCGGCCGCGACCCCGACAUCAUGCGCCCUGGCACACCCGGAUCUUUGUCGGACUACGGCUCUCGCCCCGGGACCCCUACUGGCGCUCCCUUGCAGGGCGGCAUGACCGGCCAGCAGCGGCGCGACGUUUCUGCCCAGUCUGGAUUUUCUGCCUUUAGACCUACUCCGCCUGCCGGCUACAUGUCGCCCACCGGCAGUGGCCGUCAAUCUCCAACAAUAUUAGGUUCACCACAGGCCGGCUACACACAACAGGCGACCAUGGGCGACCGUUCUCGUAGCCCUUUGUAUAAUAUUAAUAGCAACGGAAGCGACACGGCCCUCGUGCGCAAUGCCGCGGGCAUGCCCGUUAGCGUGCCUACGCCGGGCCCGACUGUGGGUGCGUUGGGCGGCGGACCAAGGGGGUAUAGUGGACUCCCGCAGGCCGACGCCGACACGGACCAGGACCCGACGCAGUACGACUACUUCCGUGGGUCAAGGCGGCGCCCCAACGACGGGUGGUGA